UUUACACACGGAGCAGCGAGAGGAGCCGAGACCAGAGGAAAACUUCCCCGACUUCACUUCACCUCCUCCGGCCACAGACACCUCUCACAGAAUGAUGCUGCAGCACUCGGGUCCCUCGCUGGCCGACAUCAGCUGCUCCGCCCUGGUGCCCUGCCUGUCCCCCCCCGGCAGCCUCACCCUGGACGACUUCACCCACUUCACCCCCAUGGUGAAGGAGGAGCUGCGGCUCGCCAUCCAGAGCAAGCGCCUGUCCAACGGCCUCAGCGUGGACAUGAGCUCGGACGGAGCCAGCUCCUGCUCCGACCGGGCCUUCGACGAGCCCGGUACCCGAGGGUCCGGGGGCAAGAGAGAGAGAGAGUCGAUGGUCGAGGAGCCCGACCGGAGGAAGAGGAGGAGAGAGAGGAACAAGGUCGCUGCUGCAAAGUGUCGCAACAAGAAGAAGGAGAAGACCGAGACUCUGCAGCAGGAGUCGGAGAAGCUGGAGUCGGUGAACUCGGAGCUGAAGGCUCAGAUCGAGGAGCUGAAGCAGCAGAAGCAGCAGCUGGUCUACAUGCUCAACCUGCACCGGCCCACCUGCAUCGUGCGGGCGCAGAACGGCCAGACCCCCGAGGACGAGAGGAAGCUCUUCAUGCAGCACAUCAAGGAGAGCACCUUGCAACUGCACAACAUCACCUCCUCCUCCUCCACCGCCUCCACCACCUCCUCCAUCUCCUCCAUGUCCACCCUGUCCCCCCUGGACGGAGGACUCCUGUCCCUCGACCUCAUUCACUGUCCCGGUCACCUAUGAGCAGCUCUCAGGACUUUUCUGGGACUUUAGACUCACGGACUCGUUCAGCAUCCACAUCGCUGCUACAGGGAGCGCCCCCCGCCCCCCCGCCCACCGCUCUCUGAAACCUGAUUGGACGGCUGACAUACAAUGGACAGCACCUUCAAACAGUCAGGGCCAAGGCGAUGCCAAAGCACUAAAAACUAAAUGAUCAUUGAUUGUCUUUUUUUAUUUACAGGUAUUUUGAAAAGAUGAAAGUCUGAGUUAGUGUCCGAGUUUUGUACCAAAGUGAUUUCACACGUUUGUCUGUUCACCCGCAAAGAACGUAGUUACAGAGCGACAUGUACGAGUGAGUUUGAAAGCAAUGUUGUAUGCGCUUGUUGUAUGAAAAUCUGUAUAUUUAUUAAGAAACUACUGUCGUUGUUGUUGUAUUAACCCCGUCUGCUCGUCCUUUAUACAACGUGAGCUGCUACGUCUGCUGCUACCACUAACCACUCAGGUCCUACGCUGGCUGCAGGAGUCGCACUGUACGUUUAUUUUAUUGCCUGGUUUCACAGCUAACCUCUGAAAGAGUGCGAAGCUGCUUCGACGCCGCUUUGUUUUCCGUCCGGCUCCUUUUCACCGUGACAGGACCGAACCGCUCGUGUGGACAGAGAUCGCUUUAGUUUGAAGAUGCCGUUUACACGUGGAAACGGAGUAGCACGGAUGUAGCCUAAGUUCGGUUGUGGGCCCUCAGCCACAGUAGCAGCAACAGUUUCAAAAAGGGAAAAUUGAAUUUGCGGUCAGGGUUUGUGAUUCUGCACUUAACACACAGUAUAAAUGCCGAUAUACUCCUAUAUGCAGACGAUACUCUACUUUACUUAAACGUUUGAGAUGUGCCGUAGGGAAGCUUGUCCAAGAGAAAGUGAAUCGUGUAAUUUCACAAGUACACUUUAAUUAUCACUGCGUUCCCUCUUAAACACACCUGGUGUUGUUUUUACAUCCUCUGUGACGAUGAAGCUACAUGAGUGUUAUUUUUCAGACGUGUUUUCUACCGAGAAUCUUGUAUAUUGCAUAUUGACUCUGUGCUACUGUAUAUAAACACCAGAUGCCUCCCUUGGUUUUGACAUAGCAAAAACAAUAAAAUAGGUUGUUAUUUUAUAAUAGUGUAUUUAUUAAAUUUGUCGCUUUGAAAGUUAUGUUCACUGGAUAUCGUUAGCUAGGUAUCAGAAGUGUUGCGUCACCUUUUGGCACAAGCCUGAAGUUACACAAGACCAGAUCAUGUGUGUUGAGAUGUUGUCGUUCCACUGAUAUUUCUGCCGCCCUCCACUCAGACUCACUGUUAUUGUCGAGCACCAUAACCGCAAAUUGUCCAGAAACGUGUGUGCAUGCUACACAACAUCUGUACAUAUUACAACAAGAGAAGGGAAAUAAAUAGGUUGUGGAAGACGGUUUCUAUUGUGUAUCGUGUGUGUGUGUCUGAGAGUCACACGGUCAAAGGGACGCAGGCGUCUGCGUGUGUUCAAAGUGUGUGCGUUGUGGUUGUGGCUGUUAAUUGUCGAGUCGUAGCACUGAGUUGUGUGUAUUCUGUUGUGCCUACUGCUGGAGGCAUCGGCUUCCAAAUGAAUAAACCACAGGCUGUCAGGUAUAAACGCUCUGCUGCUGCCAAUGUGUACUUCCAUCUCUGUGAUCCCUCAAUUUCUGUUUUUGAUACCGUGUUAAUUAAAGUUAUGUGUUGAAAUGAAA